UCUGUCGUUGUUUCUAUAUGUUUCAUAGAUUUACACGCUCUCUACCACACAGCGUUUUGUUUCACACAGAUUUCGUAUUUUCUCUUAUUAAAGAAAAUGAGUUCGAAAUAAAUCGAAUAUGGAAAAUGAUUUCUCCUUAUUGUAGGAAACAAUUUCGAAAUAAUGUUUACUACCAAUGUUCCUCGGAAAUGUAGAAGAAUGGUACCUGUUAUCGAGAAAGUGUCCGUGCAUUUUCUUUGAAUAUAGUUGAGUGGUCUUUGUGAUGAAACACCUUCAGAAUAAGAAAAAGGUUAAUUAUUUGACUUCUCAAUGAAAUGGCAGGGGAAUUAAAGUAGUGAAUAUGAUAUUCAGAAUUUCGAGGGCAGUGGUGUGAUAAAACUAAAGUUGAUUCGAGCACAGUGAGAAAGAUUGAUGAAUAAUCGUUCUUGUAUUGAAAUCGUGUAGUGAUGAAUACUGUUCAAAGCACAGGACAUGCAAGUGUUAGAAAUAAAAAGGACUCACAGUUUGAGGAGCUAACUGUUUCUUCUUCCGAAAAAAGAAAUUGGAGAGGAAUUUUUAUAGCUCUUUUAGUAAUAGCCGCAGUUUUGGGUCUUAUUGUAUUUUCUAUUCUGCUUCUUUCACCAGAAAUCGAAUCUAAUCGACUCAAUGGAAGACGAAUACAUUUAUACGAUGUCCAGAGUGAUCAAUAUCAAUGGAGGGAGAACAAUGGAACCUGGUUGAAUAAGCAAGAAUUCGUGUUCGUCAACACUGAUGGAGGGUUAUCUUCGCUGUUUCUCAACGAUGCACAGAACAUAAAUAUUAAGGUGUUCAUGAAUAAUUCCACCUUUAGGCAAUUAAAUGUUGAUAAAUACAUUGUUUCACCGGAUCAAAAUUACGUUCUUUUAUAUUCAACAUCUCAAAUAGCAGAAAAUACCAGUUAUUUUAUUUACGAAUUAGCUACAUCAAACAUUUUUCCUCUGUCAACGAAAGAAGGUGAUCAGUCUGCGCCAAGUUUGCAGCAGGUACUAUGGGCUCCACGGCAUUUACCGACGGAUGUCAAUGGGAACAGCGAAAAGGGGUCUUCCCAGGGCAUUGCGUUCGUUCAGGAAAGCGACAUAUAUUAUAAACCUAAAGUGCAGGGUGAUCUCAUAUGCAGAAUAACUACUAAUGGAAAUAAUAAUGAAAUUCUAAAUGGGGUGCCGGAUUGGCUAUAUUCGAAUGUAGCUGAGUUAAAAAGUUCUUCCUUGCUUUUUUCUCCAGACGGUCAAUAUUUAUCUUACCUCUCCUUCAAUGUAUCUAAUGUUCAUCAGUACCACUACGUAUGGUAUGGUGAUAACGACCAAUAUCCUAGCAUUAAAAGCGUUCGAUAUCCUAAGACAAAUUCACCUAAUCCAAACGUAACCGUUCACGUCGUUAACCUGAGUGUUUUAAAAUUUAUAUCUCGAAAAGUUAUUACACUACCCGCUUACAUUAGCAACGAAAGCUAUGUGGGUGGUAUGCAGUGGCUAUCACCGAUAGAAUUAUCUGUUACAUACAGCAAUCGAGAGCAGAAUGUGUCACAUGUAUUUCUAUGUACUGCGCCAAACUUCAUUUGCAACGAAAUUUUCAGUGAGCGAGCAGUUGAAAAUGGAUGGGUGUUAAUUGGUGAAAGUCCGUUUUUUUUAACAGCUGAAGUCAGCCACGUCGCUAACGCUACGCAUGAAGAUAGUAGCACGACGUCGGAUGCAGAACCGAGAACAGAUGUAAAAUCUGGAACGAGUGUUAUGAAACGGAGCAUUUUUAUGUUGAAGCGCCUCGAUGUACGUGAUGGUUCGCAUGGAUAUUUCAGACAAAUUGGUCUCAUUCCCAUCGAAACUAAAAGGCCUAUCAUUUUAACAAUUGGACUUUCCGAAGUAACAGAAAUCCUGGGAUAUGAUCAUAGGCAACGUUUCGUUUAUUUCAUCGCAGCACCACAUCGAAAACCUGGUCAACGCCAUUUGUAUAGAGUUUCGUUGAGCUUGAAUGAAGGCAUAGAAUCGAUUAAAAAGACGUUAAAGAGUAUGUCGCCUUACUGCAUGACUUGUGAAUCGACGCCGAACGAUUCCUUCAGCUUGUUAAUAAAAACUAACACAACAAUUGAGCAACUGAAUAUUCCGAACAACUGUUUGUACAACAAGAUAUACUUCAGUACUGACUAUACGUAUUACGUACAGGAGUGUUUAGGCCCCGAAUCGCCUUCGUUAUACAUCGUAGAUGCUGUAAGCCUAAAAAAGAUUUUCAUCCUCAACGACGGUAACCGGUUACGACAAGGAUUGACCGAACUAGCUAAGCCACAAAUAAUGACGUUCAGCGUGGAAAUCAAGUAUGAUUUUAACGCGCAAGUAAAACUGUUUCUACCACCUGGAAUCAAAGAAGAUGAUGAUAUGCUGCUUCCACUGAUAUUGCAAGUAGACGCGACACCAGAAUCGCAGUUGGUGUCUGAAAAAUACAGCUUUGAUUGGAAUUGGUAUUUGUGUAGUUUUCAAUCCUAUAUCAUUGCUCAAAUUGAUGCACGAGGAUCCGGCUUCCAAGGGGAGGCACUAAAGACACAAAUUCGUGGUAAAGCAGGAAUCGAAGUGGAGGAUCAGCUAUCCGUUUUAACUUAUCUGCGGAACAAUUUGAAACUGGUUGAUCCAAAUAGAAUUUGCGCCUAUGGAUGGGGAUAUGGUGCAUAUAUUGUGUCGAUGAUGCUGGCUAGUGAUUCUGAGAAUGUUCUAAAAUGCGGAGCAGUGGUAAAUCCUAUUGUAUCAUUCAAAUAUUACUAUUCGUUCUUCACGGAACGUUACGUAAUUCAACCGGCCGACAAUGGCCGUUCGCUGCUAGAUUCGGACCUAUCGAUGAAAGCCGGAAAUUUCGCUAACAAGAAGUAUCUGAUAAUACAUGGGACGGCUGAUACGCAAGUUCAUGAGCAACACACAGCCUUAUUGACUAAAUCGUUGAUCGAAGAGGGUGUUAUGUUCAGGCAUCAAGUCUAUGUUGAUGAAAACCACCAACUCACAGACGUAGUUUCACAUGUUUAUCACACAAUCGAAUCGUAUUUUGAGGAGAACUUCUUGAAUGAUAACCAGGACUGGACGUCUGCUUUCUUCCUAUCGAAAACAUAAUUGUUCAAUUUUGUUCCAAUCAAAUUGAUUUGUCAAUAAAUCAUCGAUUUCAUUUCAAA